AUGGCAGCCUUACGCAUGGUGCUUCCACUACGACCGCUUCAUCAUCCGCCAACCUUCGUGCCUGAGAAAGUAGCCGAAACUCCCACAAGCCCCGUUGACACCGCGAGUGAGAACGAAGAGGAGGAUGAAUCUCCUACUACCGCUACCAAAGACAACAAAGACAAAUGCCUGCCUGGCCUCGAUUUCGGCAUUGAAUUUGGCGCCCCGAUUCUUGGACAGAAGUACUCCGGCCUUGUCGGAAACGUCCUCCUUCCCUACGGCCUGAAAAGACACAGCCAGUCCCACCGCGGACUUAUGUAUGUUGCAGAUAUCAAGCAGGUACUGGAUGUUGCAGUUCGAAUAUUUGAGGAGAACCACGAGAUUCAUACGAUGCGUGAUGUCUGCGAGCAUACCUUUGCGGAGCUUCGGGACAUAGAUCGUUCCUGGAAUUUCCUCUCUGCUUGGCAAAAGACUCGCGCCAUCAUUGAGAGAAUUGUCGCCGCGCGAGAGCGUCAUCUCGAUAACCACAACGGCAUAACCGAGGCUCUUGAGGAGUUCUUCCCAUUUUUGAAGUCCAUUGACAACUUCCGCAAGAAGGACGCCCAGGCCAAGAAGUCCAGCAGUCUCAAGCGUUCCCGCCUUGACUUUGACUCCGAUGAGAUGGUUACAUCCAUUAAAAAGACGCGCCGGGAGAAGGAGAACGACGAACUCUCAGCCAAGCCUCUUGAAGAGCAGAUCAAGAUCUUGAAAUCCAAGAGCGAGGAACUCGAAAACAAGCUAUAUGAGAACGAGUGUAAUUACCGUCGAGAGAGAGAUGCUGGUAUUCAGAGGGGCCUGCAAUGGGGACACUAUGUUGGUCAGAUUUGGGAUGUGGCUCGUCCUUCUAUUAACAGAGAUUUGAAGAUCCAGGGCAAGGAGGAGUGGGAGAGAGAUGAAUUGCACGAUUUUCUUCGGGCGAACGAUCUUCAUGAUGUCACCAAAGCUCUGCUUGGGCUUAAGCCUAGCAUCCAGUGA